AUGAACUACAUCUCGACCCAAACCAACCUGCCCGUGGCGAUCCUCACCUGUCCAGACUUCUACGGCAAUGUGAUUCGUAUUCUCGUUUACCCGGUCCUGUCCUCACUUGCAUGUACACCAGCACUCUAUCAACAGGAUCAAAACACCUCAUCCAUAUCCAUACGCACCCUACGCGCCAACGACGGCGACUCAGCUGACGUCUCACAACGACCAUCUACUCGACCUUCGACGAGAUCGUCCAGCUACAGCCCGGCCCCUCUAUGUCGGCAUUGCGCCGCGACGCGCGUGGCGUCGGCGUCGGCGUCACAGCCGCACAUCUUCAGAGCGUUCGUGCGGGUCAGGUCGCUGGCGGGGUCUACGCAUGAGGGGUGCUGUAUAAUCCUUGCGUGGGCGUUGGCCCUGGACGCCAUUGCGCACGGCGGGCCCGCGAGCUUGGAUCGGAUCGAUCGCGAACAGAACUUGGUGGUUGUUGCUGCUGCUGCUGCUGCUGCGCACUUGUUGAAUAAGCCCCCGCCACAUACGACAGCGGAGCCGCCUAUGGGCUACGCGUCGUCUUGA